UACACAUACACAACUCAUAAUUGGUGGUGAAGCCAGCAGGCCUUGACUUCUUUUUUUAUUUCUCUUAUGUUAUGUUUUCGAAGUUAACUUCUCUUCCAGUCUUCCACUAAACGGUGUUAUCGGGUUGUGAUAUCAUUGACAUAUAGGUCAUCGACUUUGAAUUAAAUGCGAUUAUGUCGAAACAGGAGGAAACGCACAACGCAAAAGGCCCUCAUGGGCUCGGCGAUCCAGAUGACAGGACUUUGAGGAUUGUCGAAAAAGAAGUUCUUAUUCCAAAGAUUAUGAGAGACAGAGCCAAAAUGGAAAAAUGUGUGCCUGAAGUUGAAGAAUUUACAAAAUGUUGUUCAUCCAGCAAUGUGCUGAUGGCAUAUUCAUGCCGGAAACAAAAUGCAGCCAUGCAAGACUGUCAGACGAGAUGGUAUAAAGAUGAAGUCUUCAAAGAAGAAUGCAAGGAAAUUUACCUUAAAGAAAGGAGAGAAUUCAGACUAACAGGAAUUCCCAAGAAACAUCGUCACAAGGAAACUGAAAAUGCAACUAAUAGUACCUAGUCAAAUAUUGCAUGGAGUUGGUGUAAGUUUUUCUUUUCUUUAUAAAUCACGAAGAAUUUAAAAUAAACAAUGAAGAUGUAGAAUAAAUUGUAUUGAUAACUCUGA